AUGGCAGUUGAAUUUGGGGACCAUACUAGCGGCUUCCGCCAUACUGAAGUUAUCAGAUUCAUUAACAACGAAGUCCUUAUGAACGGUGGGGGUCCAGAAUUCUACAUGACCUUUCGCUCUAGAUCUUGGAAUGACAUAGAAGAUCAGCUUCAUUCCGUCCUUGUUGACCCCAAAGUACCACGCUCCCUCAAGAGGGCUUGCACCUGGAGCGCUUUGGCUUUGAGUGUCAGAGUGGCUGCCAGACAGAGGGAACAAAAGGCAAGGAGAGGGAGGCUACAGGACCAGGUGGGAGAGCGGGAGAUCGCAUCUUGGACUCUGGCCUCAGAACUACAGAGGUUGCGAGAGGAGAGGGACCAGGCUGCAGCUCAACUUGUUUCUACACAGAAUGCGCUACAAGAGGCAAUGGAUGAGCGUGAAGUACUUCGUGGGAGGCUGCUCCAAGCAGAGAGGUCUGCAUUGCCUGAUAUGCCUGAACCUAGGGUGGGACGGCUUAGGACAGCAAAUUGGUCCCUUGAGGAUGAGGAGCAGGAAGAAUUGCCAUGCAGACAGCCCCAGAACAUGCCGAAUGUGGAGGAGCAGAUGCCAAUCUCACCAGUCUUGUCUUAUCUGCCAGGACUCCCAGGUUCCUGGGUACAAACAGUGCAUCCCAUUCUUCGAGUGCCUGUGCCAAAUCCAGUCCCACUUAAUGCUCAAUUUCCCUUGGGAUUUCCAUAUUCCACACCUGUACCAUGUUCUGUAGUGGUGGAUUCAGGAGCAGCAGCAGCAGCCAUGGCUGCAGUUGUACCUCAGAUGGCUCCUUCAGCAGUCUACCCACCUGGCAUGUGGAUUUCAUCGGGGUCCCAGGACGCAGUGACUUCUGCCUGGGGCCAAGUCUUCCACAGGCCAAAUGAAUUCUCUGACAUCCACCGAGAUAUAAGUCUCCUGGGAGACAAUGUAAGCCAUAGCGAACAAGGUUCAGAGAAACCCUGUGGAAUACCUGUCCACAGGGACAACAACCACAAGGAAAGCCAAGUCGUAACCCAGGUGAUGCCUGCCACUGAGAAGAAAACUCCAACGAAGGACCAGGUAACAGCUGCACCGGAGGUUAACAGUAACCACAACAUAAAGGAAAAAUCAGCAAUGCCCCAGGGGAAGGAUUCCCAGGGGAACAAGACCAGCUGCACGCAGAAGUCAUAUCCAGGGAUUCCCAGGAAGGUGGUUGGACUGAAAGAUAGCAUCAGCCACAACACUACAGAGGAUUCACUAACUCCCCAGGAAACAGCUACCCAGGCGAAUGCAACCAGCCCCAUCCUGAAAAGAUAUCCAGGGAUUCUCUUGAGGAGGCCUGACCUGGGAAGUAGCCUUAGCUGUAAACAGAAAGAGCAUCCAAAGACACACCAGGAAACAGUUGCCCUGGAAGAUGAUAAUAGAAGUUGGCAGAAGGAGAACACAAUCACUUUUCAGCAGAUGACACCCCGGUCUACUGGUGGAAACCCUAGUGAGAAGAAAGAUCAUGUGAUGCCACAGGGGAUUGGCAAGAGUCAGAGCCAGAAGGAAGAACCAAACAGAUUACAAGCAAGCACCCCAGUGAAAAGUAAAAGUUAUAGUGUGAGUAAAAACUCCAAACAACUGUCUCCAAAACAAAAGACCAAGCAAGCUCAAAGGGCAAAAUCCCCUGAAAUCAAACAACCAGAGAAAGCCCUCUUACACCGUACUCCAGUGAAUUGGGUCUGCCCAUCAUGCAAAACUGUAAAUCGCUCCUGGUGCAAAGGCUGUAAUAAAUGUGCAAAAGCAGGUGCUCAAUUUGGGAGAAAAGAUUUUGACCCAAAACCAACUCAUUGA